ACUCAUGCUUAACUACAUAACAGUCAGUCGAACGAACAGCAGUGCUGUGAUUGAGUGGUUGUCAAAUUGAGUUAUCUGUCGUUUAUACAAAAAUAUUUGGGAAGAUCCAAGUGUCCAAGGAAAAUUGCAAAUAGAAGUCGCUCCUAAUAGAACGAAAUGUUCCGCAAUUCGCCAAAUUUUGAUAAAUUAUUAGAAAAAGCAACAAGUCAUUACCAACUUGAGCCUGACUGGGUAGCAAUACUCCAGAUAUGCGAUUUAAUACGUCAAGGAGAUGUGCAACCUAAAAUAGCACUCGCAGCCAUUAAAAAGAAAAUGACAAAUGCAAAUCCACAUGUAGCUCUGUAUGCUCUGUUGGUUUUAGAGUCGUGCGUUAAAAAUUGUGGUACUCUUAUACAUGAUGAAAUUGGUACUAAGCAGUAUAUGGAACAACUUAAGGAAUUGGUAAAGACAACGACUCAUGAGAAUGUUAAACUUAAAACUUUGGAAUUGAUUCAAGCCUGGGCACACGCAUUUCGAAAUAGUCCUAAAUAUCGAGCAGUGCAAGAUACAGUUAAUAUUAUGAAGGCAGAAGGACAUAAAUUCCCUACGUUAAAAGAAAGCGAUGCCAUGUUUAUUGCUGAUACUGCCCCAGCAUGGGCAGAUGGAGAUGUAUGUCAUCGUUGUCGAGUAACAUUUGGCAUGGUACAAAGAAAGCAUCAUUGUAGAGCAUGUGGUCAAGUAUUCUGUAAUCAGUGUUCAAGUAAAUCAACUACACUGCCUAAGUUUGGGAUUGAAAAGGAAGUUAGAGUUUGUGAAUCAUGCUACGGAAAAGUUAAUAAACCAACCACAGCUCAAAUUAAGGAAGAUUUACCUGCUGAAUAUCUAAACAGCUCUUUAGCUCAACAACAACAAGUACCUCCUAGAAAAACAGAACGAGAACUACAAGAAGAAGAAGAACUUAAUCUUGCUAUAGCUUUAAGUCAGAGCGAAGCAGAACAUCAAGAAAAAGAAAAGAAACGGGGAAGUCGUGCUGCAACAAAAAUAAAUCCACCUAGUACGCGUGCUACAAGGACAUCUUCUCCACCACCAUCACCUCAAGAAGAGACGGAAGUUGAUCCCGAGCUCGCAAAAUAUUUGAAUCGUAAACGUUGGGAACUGAGACAGAGCGCAUUAGAAGAACAUAGUUCUAGAGCAGAUGUUACAAGUCCUUCUGCUCCUAAUAUAAGCAGUCCAAUGCCACAAAAAGUUAUAAUUGCUAAACAGCAAAAUGGAGAAGUUGACACUCAAAUGGAAGAAUUCGUUAACGCUUUACGAUCUCAAGUUGAAAUUUUUGUUAAUAGAAUGAAAAGUAAUUCGUCAAGAGGUAGAUCAAUUGCUAAUGAUAGUUCUGUGCAGACUUUGUUUUUAAAUAUCACCGCUAUGCAUUCGAGAUUAUUGAGAUAUAUUCAAGAACAAGACGAUAAUAGAGUAUACUAUGAAGGUCUUCAAGAUAAAUUAACACAAAUGAAAGAUGCUAGAGCUGCCUUGGACGCUUUACGAGAAGAACAUAAAGAAAAAUUACGGAGGCAAGCGGAAGAAGCUGAAAGACAAAGGCAGAUGUUGAUGGCUCAAAAAUUGGCAAUUAUGAGGAAGAAAAAACAGGAAUAUUUGCAGUAUCAACGUCAACUUGCUUUACAAAAGAUUCAGGAGCAAGAAAGAGAAAUGCAAAUGAGACAAGAACAACAAAAGCAACAGUAUAUAAUGGGUGGAUAUCAAGCUGUCUCUGGUUUUAUUGGACCAUCUCAAGGUUCACCUGUUCGUCACGUUCAGUAUCAAACACCAGGAACAAACUACAAUCCUAUGUCACCAACAAAUCAAGGAUUCAUGUAUGGACAACCUACUAUGAAGUAUCCUAUGCAAAGUUAUAAUAUGCCACCAAUGAAUUCUAUGCCGCCUCACGUAAUGGGGCCAAUAGCUAAUCAAGAACAGCAGCCAACUGAUUCUGUUCAGGGGCAUGAAGCAAUGGGCCGAGUUUCUGUUUCUGGGCCAGGAAUGAUGUCUCAAAUUACAAAUCCCAUACUGCAACUUCAGCAGGCAGGUGGACAUCAGAUGGGACCACCACCACAACAAGGCCCUCCACCAAAUCAUAUGACACAGACGCAGCCGACAACAGUACAUCUACCACCGCAACCACCGGGUACUUCACAAAUUACACAACCAGGACCACCAAACCAAAUAGGUAUACCUCAGGUACCGCAGACUCACAUGGGCCCAUCACCUGCACAAAUAGCGCCUGGAACACACAGCUCUCCUGGACAAGUCGGUUUACCACCACAAAUGGGACCUCAGCAACCAUCUACGAUGCCAGGUCCUCAGGGACCUUCGAUGCAGCCUCAUGUUUCAAAUACGCCUAUUUCAUCGCAAGGAUCAGGAACUAUUCAAGUACCUCCGGGAACUACGACUGGAACGAUGUUACCAUCAAAUCCGCCAAUGCAAGGUCCUCAAGGACCUGGCGUACCGGCAGUACAAGUUAUGACCCAGGCGCCAAUAUCACAAGGACAACAAUUGCAGUAUCAGCCGCCAACUUCUUUACCAGCUGCGUCAAAUGAACCCACACAGUUAAAGAAAGAAGUGAAGCCAGAAACAGCAGAACUAAUUUCCUUUGAUUGAAUGAAUCACAUGCCGAUACAAGCUAAUUCAUACUAUAAAGUGCAUUUAAGGUAAUCAUUUUGCAUACCAAUUUUGAUCUUGAAUUGGCACUGUCUGUUUCAAUUUGAUGAUAAAAUUUUUAUGCUGUUUAUAGAAUUAAUAAAAAGAUAAAUUUUUGAAGCAGUUCUAAAAUAAUAAUAAUUUGAAUUUCACAACUUGUCAACGAACAGUGAUAUUUUAAGGUAUAUUUAAGAGAAAAUUGAUUAUUUCAUUAUUCGUGUUUAUUUGAAGUUAUAGAAAUUUCCAACAAUAUAUACAUAAAUUAAAUA